AUGUUAACACCACUAAGUAUAGAAUGCAAGGCUCAAACUACCACUUCUUCUUCUUCUUCUUCAAUCCCUUCUCCAAUGAAGAAUUCCACAAAACAAGAGUCCCGAAACAGCUCUAAGCGAAAUCAAGACCCAAAAGGCAAUAAUGAAACUAAAAAAAAGGCUAAGAGUAGUGGAAAUGCUGGAACGCACCCAUCCUACCGUGGAGUAAGAAAGCGUCGAUGGGGCAAAUGGGUGUCCGAAAUCCGGCAACCAAAGAAGAAGUCAAGAAUUUGGCUAGGAACUUUCCCAACACCAGAAAUGGCUGCUCGAGCUCACGAUGUAGCUGCGCUUACAAUUAAAGGUCAUUCAGCUCACCUUAACUUCCCUGAACUCGCUCAUGAAUUUCCACGUCCAGCUAGUUCAUCUCCCAAAGAUAUUCAAGCUGCCGCUGCCCUAGCAGCUACCUUGAGCUGCAAGACAAGUCAAAAGGGCUGUGAAACAGAAGCUGAAGCCAAGCAGGUGCUUCCUCACUCCCCCGAUAGUACUUUGGCAUCUAAUGAGACGCAGGAGUAUUCAUUAAGCUCACCAUUAGGAGAUGAUGAUGAUGACACAUUUAUCGAUUUGCCGGAUAUUUUGCAAGACAUAAGUCAUCAAUUUGAUGAAUUUUGUUACUUGUCCUCAUGGCAGCCGGUUGGAGCCGAGAUUUCUGAUAUUGGAUUUUGGCAUCCUGAGGAGCCUUCUUCAUGGGAAUACCAAUAA